UCUCACUCCAAUGCUUCGCUCACCCCUUCUACACUCAUAGAGUUAAAACUGCUGAAAUAGAUGGCACUCACACAAUGUAUUGCAGUCUUCUGUUCAAGUGAAAGCCUUGAGCAACUGGAAUUCAGUAUCUGGGAGGGAUGUGGCUGUAACAUUGUGCUACACUGUUGAGAUCAUCAGAGUCUGGGUGCUUUUAAUUGUCUACGGUUGUUAUUUGUGCUUAUGAGCCUCCUGUGGCUUGUUCUUGCUCUAUCCAUGCAGCGCCUGUCCUGAUUUUUUGUUCUUGUCCCAAGAGAGGAGCCAAGCAAUAUACCCAUCUUAAAAGCCUUCAAUUUGCACAGGCUCUGGUAAUGGUUUUUUACUCAGAAAAUUGAAAUGCAAAGUGAAAGCAGGGCAUAUCAAAGUGAGCAUCCAGAAACAUGAUCUGAUAGUAGGGUUUGAAAUCAUGGGACUACUGUUAUAUCAUCUUUGGAGCGCAAUGUAAACCAAGACCGAAAUAGAACCAGGAAUUUGCCCUCUGAAAGUUGAAGACAUAAUAAUGUUCCCUUUGAUAUUGCAUUCCACGUAAAGUUCUGGCUUAAAUUUUCAUUUAUUUUUUUCAUUUUUUUUUUUUUUUACCCCUCCUUUUUUGGUUACUUGACAGAUCUCAUGAAACCAGUGUGUUUUGUGGAGGGUUUUCUCCAGGAGAAAAUUAUCCAUAUAGAGGAAAAAGAUGGACAUGUUCUAUUCUGGGAUGUUCUAAGACCAAGCAUAUUUUCGGAUCAUGACCAGUUUGAAAAGGUCCCAGACUGAGAGGUCAGUUGCAAGUGGGGCUCAAAGUGUAGGACCAGAUGGACCACAAAAAGCUCGCUCUGAUGAUUUUUAUAUGAGACGUUUUAGGUCACAGAAUGGAAGUUUAGGUUCUUCUGCCAUGUCUCCUGUUGGUCCUCCACGCAGUGAAAGCUCCCACCACAUAUCUUCCACUCCAGGUGUUCCCAAGAUGGGAGUGAGGGCUCGGAUUGCUGAUUGGCCUCCUAGAAAAGAAAACGUAAAAGAAAUGAGCAGAGCCAGUCAGGAUAUUGAGACUGCCAGUAUUGAUACAAUGUCUGUAAAAAGUAGUCCGAGUAGUCAGGUUAGUAUGUCUAGUAUGAAUUCAAGUGAUUCCGCCAUGCUAAAGAGCAUCCAGAACACACUGAAAAGCAAAACACGACAAGCAGAAAGCUUAGACUCCAGGUUUCUCUCUCCAGAAGGUUAUUCUAGUGCUAGUUCUCCGAGAAAGGUUCUUCGCAGAAUAAGGCAAAGGAGUAACAGUGAUAUUACAAUAAGUGAAUUUGACAUGGACAAUUUUGAAGAGUGUUUGUCUCCAACUUUUAAAAGUGGACCUUCGUUACAUAGGGAAUAUGGCAGCACAUCUUCAAUUGACAAACAAGGAACAUCUGGGGAAAGUUUUUUUGACUUAAUAAAGGGAUAUAAAAAUGAGAAGGCUGAUCACCGUGGCCAUGGCUCUUCAAAGUUGAGUGAACUUCUAUUGAGCAGUGGAAGUAGGGGUUCUGGAUUCUCAUUGGAUGUUAUAGAUGGCCAGAGAGAUGGACAUAGGGCUUUCAAAGACAGGGACAAGCCACUAAAAAGACGCUCUAAAUCAGAGACUGGCGACUCUUCCAUUUUUCGGAAGUUGCGUAAUGCGAAAGGUGAAGGAGAACUUGGUAAGGCAGGUGAUAUCGAGGACAGCCGUUCUGAUGACAGCAUUAAGCCCUGGACUUGCCCGAAAUGUUUUGCUCACUAUGACGUACAGAGUGUUUUGUUUGAUUUGAACGAGGUUAUUAUUAAUAGAAAUAACGUCAACAAAAGAAGAAACACGACCACAGGAGCUUCUGCCGCUGCUGCGGCUUCUCUUGCUGCAGGACCAUUGUCCCACUCAUCUAGUUUUAACUCUCCUACAGGUAGCACAGAGGAUUUAAACUCAAAGGAGAACAUGAACGUGGAUCAAGGUGAUGACAAAAGUAACGAUUUGGUAAUGAGCUGCCCUUACUUUCGUAAUGAAAUGGGCGGAGAAUCGGAAAAGAAAGUCAGUUUGUCAAAAUCCAAUUCUGGAUCAUUUUCUGGGGGUGAAAAUUCUUCAUUUGAGUCUACCAUGAGUUCACAUUGUGCUAAUGCCGGUCUAGCCGUCCUUGAAGUUCCCAAGGAAAACCUUGUUUUGCACAUUGACCGAGCGAAAAGAUACAUUGUUGAACAUGUAGACCUCGGUGCUUAUUAUUAUAGGAAAUAUUUCUUUCAAAAAGAGCACUGGAACUAUUUUGGGUCAGAUGAAAAUCUGGGUCCUGUGGCUGUUAGUGUUCGAAGAGAAAAGUUAGAAGAUGCAAAGGAAAAUGGACCACAAUACAAUUAUCGAGUGAUCUUCAGAACCAGCGAGCUCAUGACGCUGCGUGGCUCUGUACUUGAAGAUGCCAUUCCAUCAACAGCCAAACAUGGCACAGCUCGAGGACUGCCACUUAAAGAAGUGCUUGAGCAUAUAGUCCCUGAGCUUAAUGUACAGUGCCUCCGACUGGCCUUCAACACUCCGAAAGUGACUGAUCAGCUCCUGAAACUGGAUGAACAAGGGCUAAGUUACCAAUUGAAAGUUGGCGUCAUGUACUGCAAAGCAGGUCAGAGCACAGAGGAAGAAAUGUACAAUAACGAGUCAGCAGGGCCAGCCUUCGAAGAAUUCCUCCAGCUCUUGGGAGAACGGGUGCGACUUAAGGGAUUUGAGAAGUACCGCGCUCAGCUGGAUACCAAAACUGAUUCAACAGGCACCCAUUCUCUCUAUACAACAUACAAGGAUUAUGAGAUAAUGUUCCAUGUUUCUACAAUGUUACCAUACACUCCAAACAACAAGCAACAGCUACUGAGGAAACGUCAUAUUGGUAAUGACAUUGUAACAAUAGUGUUUCAGGAGCCCGGAGCUGAACCAUUCAGCCCUAAGAACAUCCGCUCUCACUUUCAACACGUCUUUGUCAUCGUAAGAGCUCAUAAUCCAUGCUCGGACUCUGUCUGCUACAGUGUGGCUGUGACAAGAUCAAGAGAUGUACCUGCCUUUGGGCCACCAAUCCCCAAAAGUUUUACUUUUCCCAAAUCCACAGUGUUCAGGGACUUCCUAUUAGCAAAAGUGAUAAACGCAGAAAAUGCUGCUCACAAGUCUGAAAAGUUUUUGGCAAUGGCAACCAGGACCCACCAGGAAUAUCUGAAAGACUUAGCUGAAAAAAAUGUCACAAACACCUCUAUUGAUUCAUCGGGGAAAUUCCCUUUUAUCUCGUUAGCCUCAAAGAAAAAAGAGAAGUCUAAACCGUAUUCAUGGGCAGAACUUAACAGCUCUGGAGCCAUUGUGUGGAACGUUCAAGUGGAAGACUUCUGCAACGCUCUGGAGAUAGAGAGCUUACUGUGCAUUUCAAAUGAAAUACUGGCUCUCAUUGAACUUGAAACUAAAUGUGUGAUAUUUAACUGCUCCAGUCGAGAUGUUAUAGGGUGGACCACCAAUAAUACAACAAUUAAAAUUUUCUACGAGAGAGGAGAAUGUGUAUUCAUUAGAAGUAUCACCAACAACACAGAUGAAAUCAAAGAGAUUGUCAAGCGUUUAGAAAUUAUCACCAGAGGAUGUGAGACUGUGGAGAUGACCCUGAGAAGAAAUGGCUUGGGACAACUUGGUUUCCACGUGAACUAUGAAGGGAUUGUUGCUGAAGUGGAGCCCUAUGGCUAUGCAUGGCAGGCAGGCUUAAGACAAGGAAGCCGACUGGUGGAGAUCUGCAAAGUUGCUGUAUCCACAUUAAGUCAUGAACAAAUGAUCGAUCUUCUCAGAACAUCGGUAACUGUAAAGGUUGUCAUCAUCCCACCAAGUGAUGAUGGCAAUCCACGAAGAGGUUGCUCAGAAAUAUACCGUAUGCCAACAGUAGAAUAUAAAAUGAAUGAGGGGAUCCCUUAUGAACUGAAAUUCCCAUUUAGAAACAACAACAAAUGGCAGAGGAACGCAGCCAAAGGAGAAGCUGCUCAGCUCCGGCAGGUCCCGUCCCAACUUCAGAGCCCAGUGUCCUCCAGAGUUUCUUCUGUGAAGGUAGAAGGGAAAAUGCAAACUCCAGAGAGAACAGGAAAUAUACCAAGGAGUAUAUCAAGCGACGGGCGUCCUUUGGAAAAUAAGAGGCUGUCUCCAGGAUCAGAGAUCUAUGUGACGGUGUCAUCCGUUGCAAUUGGACACUCACAGCAGUCUCGAAACUCUCCCAGCAAUCUUUCAUCCUCCAGUGACACGGGUUCUGCUGGAGGCUCCCAUCGCAGACAAAAGUCCAUGCCUGAAGGAUUCGCUGUUGGUCGUAGAUCCCCUGCGUCUCUUGACAGACAGAGCACCCACACAGACACUACAGGCAGUGGAAAAUCUACUCCAAGUUGGCAGAGGAGCGAGGACAGCGCCGUUGAUCAAAUGGAACCGACAUGCCAUCUCCCUGCAGUGUCCAAAGUACAUCCUUCAUACAGAGACAGCCCAACUGGAAGACUCAUUCGACAGGAUCCAGUGCUUCACCUCUCUCCACAUAAGCAAGGACAGACGGAUAGCCAUUACUCUAGUCACUCCAGCACUAACACACUGUCCAGCAAUGCAUCAAGUGCUCACAGUGAAGAAAAGUGGUAUGACAGCGGGGAGCGCUUGGAUUCAGACUUAAACAACUACACCUAUAUCCAGGGAACAUCGGCUGACAGUGGUAUAGACACCACAUCUUAUAAUAUUAACCACGUCAAUCCCGCCAAUGCCGGCGCAUGUUCAACAUCUCCACGUUCUGGUCCGACAAAAGAGAAAGUGGCUCCUCUGUGGCACAGUGUCAGUGAUGUUGGUUUAAUAACUGAUAGGACUUGUGAUAGAGACUCUCACGCGUUAGAUGGAAAACACGAGUCCCCUGUCGCAAUGGAGGGUCAUGCUAAAGGACAGAUAUGCUCCAAGCCGUUAACUAGAGAGAACAGUGCGUACAGUUUGAGUGAUGUCGCAUCCCAUACAAGCACCAUGAACUCUCGGCACUCAGCAAGUCCUGUUGUUUUCACUAGUGCCAGAAGUUCCCCAAAGGAGGAAUCUCAUUCUGCUACCUCCCCACAGCUCGUCCCUUCUUUUUCUUCUUCCUCCUCCUCCUCCUCCUCUGGUCCUAGGACUUUCUACCCUCGCCAGGGUGCUACCAGCAAGUACCUGAUUGGAUGGAAAAAACCUGAAGGGACAAUAAACUCUGUGGGCUUUAUGGAUUCAAGAAAACGGCAUCAAAUAGAUUGCACAGAGAUGCCACCAACAAGGUUGCGUGCUUCGAUCAGAGAUCUACAGGCAUCUCCAAAGAGGGUGCCCACAGUCCAAGAGGAGCUUAGGAAACUCAUGGACAUGGAGAGCCCACCUCAUGGCUCAGGGAAGGCUCUAAAGUAUCCAUUCCCUGCGACACCAACUACCAGACGGUCUUUGCACAGGACUCUAUCCGAUGAAAGCCUAUAUAGCGGUCAGCGGGACAUGGUGUAUAUCAAUACUCGUGCAUCUCUCUUGGAUCAAGCUCUGCCUAAUGACGUACUUUUCAGCAGCACCUAUCCAUCUUUGAACAAGUCACUUGCAAUGCGCAGGCCAUCAUAUACUUUGGGUACGAAGCCCAUUCAUGGUGAGUUUUCAGCCUCUGAUACAUCGCUCACAGAUAUCCAUGAUAACCAGAGACAAGCCAUGACUGACCCAGGCCUCAUGCCGUUACCCGAUGCUGCUUCUGACAUUGAGUGGUCAAACUUGGUAGAUGCUGCCAAAGCCUUUGAAGUCCAAAGAGCCUCGUUCUUUACUUCUACAGAUGAUGAGCCCAGACCUGGAAGCUCUGCAUCUAUCGGUGACCAAUCAGAGGGCCAAGUUCCUGUUCAAGCCAACACGUAUUACGGGAAAGAUUCUCCCACCUGUCUUACAUCGAAGGUUGAACAGCUAGAAAGUAUGCUGAAAAUGCUCCAAUAUGACCUUAAAAAGGAAAGAGAGGACAAAGCCAGUCUCCAAGCAGAAAUACAACUUUUGCGAGAAGACAACAUGCGCCUGCAGGAGGAAUCCCAGAAUGCAUCAGCCAAGCUAAAGAAAUUUACCGAAUGGGUUUUUAACACCAUCGACAUGAGCUAAGGGACAUUCUGUAAGAUCAGAAGGAAAACCUGAAAACCGUGUCUACAAUCGAUACCGAACCAUAGGAGCUUUAACUUCACCCAAGUAAAAAUGUACAGACUCAAUAGCCACCAUAGCCACAAUGUUUCUUAGCACCUACCAACCAGAAUUUGUAUGUAGUCGCAUGGUUUAGUCACUGCCUCUUGCUGAAAUGUGAAUAUUUCAGGCACAGGUUUUGUACAGUUUAUAAAGACGUUUGUUGAAUCUCUAAUGUUUCAGGCAAUAAUUGCUGUGUGAGGAAUUAUUAUUAGUGUAAUCAUUUUGUUUGGGUUUUUAUUUUAUAACCUUUUCCCCGUUUUGAUUAAUAAAACAAGGCAAAAAAACAGAAUAAAGCCAUCUCUAAGCUACUGUUGAUAUAUUUAUGUGUUUCAUAGAGUAGCCUGUACAGGUUUUUGUUCUCGAUCAGUAAUGGCUAAGGUUGUCCAUUGCUAUUCUAUAUCUUUACAUUAAUGUGACUAACUCAAGUUGUGCAUCAGAUCACAAUUUUAUAAGAUUUGUUUUUCCUGUCAAUAUAAAUGCAGAACACAUUUCAGCAAUUAUCCCACUCUUCUAGCAGACGACAGAGAGGGAUUCUGAUCUGAAAGAUGUACACAAGAUGUUGUAUUGCCAAGCAA